AUGGCGAUUUCCGAUGCUCUUCUACGGCAAUCCAUUUCUGUAUUGGCUUACGGGAUGUGGCCUUUAGGGAAUUUUAUCUGCCAGUUUCAGGGAUUUUCAGUCGUCUCUUUUGCCUGUGCAUCACUCCUGAUAAUGACAGUUACAGCCAUCAACAGGUAUUUUCGCGUGGUUCGUACCAUACCUUGUGACAGGAAAAAGGUACGUAUUUCAUCCUGGAAAAUACUUCUGCUUUCCGAGAGCGAACUCACCCCCUGUGGCUUAUUCUUAUACGUCUACGUAUGCGUGCCAAUGGCUAUCAUAUCAUAUUAUCAAAUAUUCAGAACUAUUCGUCGACACAAGAAAAGGAUAUCGGCCAUUCGUCAAGGAAAUGACCUUGGGUCGAACGUUGAAGAUAUUAAAGUAACAAGAACAUUAUGUCUUACUGUGCUGGGGUUUUUGUGUUGUUGGACUCCGAUUAUGGUGUUUGACUUGAUCGAUCUCGUCCGAGGUUCCUCGACACUUCCUCGGGAAGUAUACGUCUUUUACACAUUUCUCGGAAACAUCUCGGCAAGUAUCAAUCCUUUUAUAUACGGAGUAACGAACACGACGUUCAGUGAAGAGUACAAAAAGAUUUUGAGAAUAAAAGGGGCGCAUCGGACCAAGACAGCACAAGCAUCUUUGAUAGUACAACGUGUUAUUGCUCAGAAAGACAACAAAUCCUUAACAGAGCAAGUCAGCACAAAACAUAGAUUGGCGCACUGGUGUGACUAGAAAAACUACAGACUAGGUGGUCUGCAGAGGUAUGGUGUAAUCAGGAAAAAUAAGAACAACAUCAGCCAAGACAUAGGUUGAAAUGGUACAAUUUACGCCUCAGUGAAAACAAAGUAGUUUCGGUGACGUACCAGCGCUUGCCCUUCGUCGGAGCAAAAACAAAUUCUUUUUCUUUUCUAUUUUUGCUCCGACGAAGAGAUAAUGCUCGAAACAUUAGCAAGGCUAUCUUCUGUUUUCACAUAGGCGAUAAACAUACCAUUACAACCUUGUGUUAUUUUAUCUCAUUAGUUAGACGCAGAAUGUACCGCGAUAAAGUUUUUAAUUUCCGCCUAUGGGCGAAACAGUUUGUCCUUAUAGUCGAUAAUAUGGUAUUUGAACAAGAGAACAUGGUUUUAAUUAGAAUUGGUAAUUAUCGGAUAAUCCAUUCUAUAUAUUAUUACUUUCCGAUUUAGCAAAGCUUGAGUGUGUAAGGCCUAUAGAUUAGGCACCGUUAUGGUUCGGUUCCACAAUAAACGUAGCGCCUCCUGGGAGCUCCGCUGAACUGAAA